GCAAGAAAAUAACAUAACCUAACUAGUCUAGUAAGUUAAAAUCGAUAUUUAUCGAUAGUUUAUGAUUUCGUGAUUAAAAUAUUUAAUAUGCCUCCAAAACCAAGUACUCCUCAAGCAAAGAAGACAUUGUGGGUGGAAUGUGAGCGGUGCGGCUGUAGUAUAACCUCAAAUGAUAAGAAAACGCACGUCGACCUUAACUGCGUGAAGGACCAAGUGAAGUGUCCGUAUGUGGAGGAUGGGAAGCUGCACUCCUGGCUGGAGAGGGCGGGGUUUCCACCUGAAGGGGCUCCUAGAGAUGCGGUGUUGGUGCAUCCGUCUGCAGGCUCUUUGAUCGGUGCAGUUAUCGGAGGCCCACUGGAACUAUGCAGAGACGGCGCCCCGACUCUUUUGAAGCGUAUGUGGCCGUCAAAAGCGUCAGCGCCCGCGGCUGUUAUAUUACCUGCUGCAGACUUGGCUGGACUGUGGAUGAGUGACAACAAGAAGAUAACAGUGUCGGUGCUACAGGGUCAAGUCCAGACAGCAUCAUACAUCUGUAUUAGAAUCAAGAAUCACAAGUCAGACAAAGACAUAUGUGACAUACUCAAACAUCAGUUCCACAAGCAUUUUGUAUCAGUGGGCAGCACACUAGUUUAUUAUUACUUUGGUAAGAAACUGGUCAUAGAAGUUUUAAGUAUAAAAUCAGAAAAACUUGAUGAUAGUAUGAAUAAAACCUGGUUUAUGUUAAGUGAAAGUACUGUAUGGAACUUGGAAGAGAAGGCAGGUACAGAGAAGGUGAAAAAGAAAGUCAUAUGUCCUGGAGGAGUAGAUGAUAUUAUAGAAGAAAUCAAGAACUUUAUAAACAUUUCUUUCAACAAAGGCCUGGCGUCAAACUUCCAGCCAACUAGGGGUCUACUACUUUAUGGGCCUUCUGGGAUUGGUAAAACUGCUAUAUGUAAAUACCUUUUAGACAAUCUCAACUGCCAAAGUAUUGAAAUUAAUGGACCUUCAAUAUUCAGUAAGUAUUUUGGUGAAACUGAAGCUAUUAUGAAGGGUUUAUUUGCUAAAGCUAUAGAAAAUGAACCAUGCAUUAUACUGGUUGAAGAAAUAGAGAUAAUAUGCCCGAGGAGGAGGGCUCCUGCCAGCUCCGAGCAGGAGAGUAGGGUCACCUCUGCUUUUGUGUCUUUAUUAGACAGCUUACAUGAAGAAAGUAAUAGAGUGUUUGUGUUGGCUACCACAAGAAAACCAGAUGCUAUAAAUCCAAUGUUGAGAAGGUUCGGGAGGCUCGACAAAGAAAUAGAGGUGCCCAUACCAGACAGACUGAGGAGGAAGGAACUCCUCAACAGUUUAUUGAGAUGCCUCCCAUGUAAAGUUUCUUCUCAGGACAUUGAUUCUAUUUCUGACUUGGCUCAUGGCUAUGUUGCAGCAGACUUGGUAAAUCUAUGUACACAGGCAUCCAUGAAAAGUAUCAAGAGGUCAAGUGAUAUGAUUGAGAAGGAAGAUCUGAUAUCAGCCCUGACUAUAGUGAGACCUAGUGCCAUGAGGGAGUUGUUGAUAGAGGUGCCGAAUGUGAGGUGGACGGAUAUUGGAGGUCAGGAUGACUUGAAGCUGAAGCUGCGUCAGGCCGUCGAGUGGCCUCUCAAACACGCGGAGAGCUUCCGCCGCCUCGGCAUCCCGCCCCCCGGUGGCGUGCUCAUGUAUGGUCCCCCGGGGUGUUCUAAAACCAUGAUUGCAAAAGCUCUCGCAACAGAGAGUGGCCUAAAUUUCUUGUCAAUAAAAGGUCCAGAACUAUUUUCCAAAUGGGUGGGCGAGUCUGAACGCGCCGUGAGGGAUUUGUUCACGAAAGCGCGCCAAGUGGCGCCAUCUGUUAUAUUCUUUGAUGAGAUGGACGCUAUCGGCGGAGAAAGAGGAUCUGGCGACGCUGGUGUGCAUGAGCGAGUUCUAGCGCAGCUGCUGACAGAGUUGGAUGGCGUUGUGCCAUUGAAUUCUGUCACUAUUCUGGCAGCGACUAAUCGCCCUGACAAGAUGGAUAGAGCACUGCUGAGACCGGGCCGCCUAGAUAGGUUGAUCUAUGUUCCGUUGCCAGAUUUUGAAAGCAGGCUCCGAAUUUUGGAACUGAAGCUCAGUAAGAUGAGUACAAGUGAUGAUGUGAACUCGCACAGUUUAGCAGCGAGGACUGAGGGGUACUCGGGGGCGGAGCUACAGGCACUCUGUCACGAGGCGGCUCUCAAGGCCUUAGAGAAGGAUCUGGGGUGCCCUGAAGUCACCAUGGAAUAUUUCGAGUAUGUAUUGAAAGACUUCAAACCUAGAACUCCAGACUCCAUGUUGAGAAUAUACCAAGAGUUUGCCUUGGGGCAGAAAUCUUAGAAAUAUUUUAGAAAAUAUUACAUAAUUCUUUGUAAAACUUUACAAUAUACAUUUUUAAUACACUUUUGUGGUGUGGUAUUAAUAAAUUAACA